AUAGAAGGCAACACAUAGCGCGUACAUUUUUGCUACCACAUUUUUAUCAUUUUUUUGAGCGGGCUUAAAAUGGCGGAAAGAUGUCCAGCAAAACACUUCGUGCUGGUUCAUGGAGCUUGCCACGGCGCGUGGUGCUGGUACAGGGUGGUGGUUUUGCUUGAGAAACACGGCCACAAAGUCACCGCCGUGGAUUUAGCCGCUUCCGGCCGGAACGUGGACCGGCGGUUGGAAGACUUGCGGACCAUCGACGACUAUCAUCAGCCGCUUUACUCGUUCUUGGAGGGAUUGUCGGAGGAGGACAAUCGCGAUAAGGUGAUUCUGGUGGGCCAUAGUAUGGGCGGCUAUGCGGUUUCCUCCGCCAUGGAAAGGUUCCCCGAGAAAAUCAGUUGGGGUGUUUUCGUUUCAGGAUUCAUGCUUGGUCCUGAUUUGACUGUGGACGAUCUUAGUCCUAAGUUACCAGAACCUGACUAUUACAUGGAUUCAGAGUGGAAAAUCAUCCAAGUGAAUGAAAAGACCCAAACCCAUAUAACCUUCGGAAACAAGUACUUUGCAGCCAAUUUGUACCAGCAUUCGCCACCUGAGGAUCUACAACUUGCAAGUUUACUAGUCCGACCAACUAGAUUCUUCACGGAUGAUGAGUCGAAAAAACAACUGCUGGUUACGAAGGAGAAGUACGGAUCAGUCCGGCGGGCAUUUAUCGUCGGACACGCUGUGGAGGAACGGGCGGAGAUGCAGAGAUGGAAUGCAGAAAAGAAUCCGCCAGAUAUGACUAUUGAAAUACAAGGAGCGGAUCAUAUGAUCAUGUUCUCUAAAUCUCAAGAACUUUGCAAGUUUCUACUUGAAAUAGCUCAACAGGCAAAUGAGCAUCCCAGAUUAAUUUUUGAACAUUAAUUUCCGCGCUGCAAAAAUAGUUUGUUCCCAAAACUUUGUUCAGGUGCUAGUAGUUUUUUGGGAAAAAGUUUGUUCCCAAAACUUGUUCAUUUUCUAGUGAAAAUGAAAAAAAUAAAGCUAAUGAAACAUGACGAGGGAUAAUGGAAUUCUUUUGGGGAUGUCAUUAUUUUAAUUUCUAAAUUUUGGGAUUGAUUCCCUCGUUCUUUAUUAUUUGCAUUACUUUGUGUUCUUUCAUUUAUUUUUACUCAAGACUCAAGACUCUAAACAAAUAUAUAUAUAUAUAUGUUACUAUAUUAGAAACA